AUCAGCAACAAACUACUAACAACAAACCACUAACGAUGGAAAAACCACAGAUUAAGCUUGUAUUUUCAAACCUAUUUUACACACAAAAAUACCAAGUAAAACCUUUGCUUAGUAUGGUUGCGAGUAUUGUCAUAAUCAUCCGACAAGCUAAUCUGACAGAUAUAGAAGCAUUUCUUUUGUUUCUAUUCUAUGGGCUUGCAUAUGGACUGACUGAGUAAUACUAAUUAAGUAGUGGUCAAAGAUAGACUAUUAGGAGACUCGAACACAGUUGAAACACUAACAGUUGGGACAGUACCUGAUGUUAACUGCACAUUUCGACCUGAGUCGAUCGCCUUCUAUAAAAGCUGAUCCUUUGGUAUGCAAAAUUGUUGCACCGAAACAUUUUAAAGGAUGGCUCAGUUGGGCGAAAACAUAACCGAGUCGCUGGAUGCUGAACUAGCAGAGAUAGGAAGGAGCAUGAGGUCAUCAUUUCGAACUGCAACGGCAAGUUUGCGAAGAAGCUCCGCUGUUAGUUCCACGCGGUAUGAUGAUGACGAGAAUGAGUUGAUUUGGGCUGCAGUCGAGAGGCUACCCACCUUCGAACGAGUGAGAACAUCAGUUUUUGAUCAUUGGGAUGGUGACAAUGGCUCUGGAGAACAAAACAAAAGGAAGGUAAUUGAUGUCACCAAACUUGGAGCACUGGAGAGGCACUUGCUCAUCGAAAAUCUCAUCAAGAAUAUUGAAAGUGAUAACCUUCGCCUGUUACAGAAACAAAGAGAGAGAAUAGACAGGGUAAAUGUGAAACUGCCAACGAUAGAGGUGCGAUUCAAAGAUCUGUCUGUAGAGGCAGAAUGCGAAGUGGUUCAAGGGAAGCCCCUGCCAACUUUGUGGAACACCACGAAAAGCAUCUUAUCAGAUCUCAUUAAGGUCCCAGGUGUAAAGACUCACAAAGCUAAGAUUCACAUCCUCAAAGACAUCAGUGGGAUCAUCAAACCUUCCAGGAAAGUGUGUAUUGUUUACAGGAUGACUCUGGUACUUGGACUUCCAGGAUGUGGAAAAACCACCUUCUUGAAAGCUCUCUCUGGAAAAUUAGACAAAUCUCUCAAGGUGACAGGUGAAAUUUCUUACAAUGGCUUCGGAUUGGAAGAAUUUGUGCCUGAGAAGACAUCAGCUUACAUAAGCCAAUAUGACCUACAUAUUCCUGAGAUGACAGUGCGAGAGACAAUGGAUUUUUCAGCAUGCUUUCAAGGUGCUGGGAAUAGAGCAGAGAUCAUGAAGGAAGUGAGUCAAAGGGAGAAGCAGGCAGGAAUCAUCCCAGAUCCUGAGAUAGACACUUACAUGAAGGCAAUAUCAUUGGAAGGAUUAGAUCAAAGCCUCCAAACAGAUUACAUCUUGAAGAUAAUGGGACUGGACCUUUGUGCAGACACAAUGGUAGGGGAUGCCAUGAGAAGAGGCAUCUCAGGAGGUGAAAAGAAAAGGCUGACUACAGGAGAGAUGAUUGUUGGACCAACAACAACACUUUUCAUGGAUGAAAUAUCAUCUGGCUUAGACAGCUCUACGACCUUUCAAAUAGCUACAUGCCUUCAACAAUUUGCACACAUCACGGAAUCUACUGUCGUGGUUUCACUUCUUCAGCCAGCACCUGAGACCUAUGAACUAUUUGAUGAUAUAAUCUUAAUGGCAGAGGGAAAGAUUGUAUACCAAGGACCUUGCAAUCAUAUUCUUAACUUCUUUGAAGAAUGUGGAUUCAAAUGCCCAGAGAGAAAAGGAGUAGCUGAUUUUCUCCAGGAGGUGCUGUCAAGGAAAGAUCAAGGACAGUAUUGGUUUAAUUCAAAUAAGAUUCAUAGUUAUGUUUCUGUAGAUCAAUUCUCUAAAUCUUUCAAGGUCUAUCAAAUUGGACAGAGUCUGAGCAAGGAAUUAUCAAAGCCAUAUGAUAUGUCUCAAUCCCAUAAAAAUGCUCUAUCUUUUAAUAAGUUUUCAUUGUCAAACUGGGAACUACUUAAAGCUUGCGUAGUGAGGGAAUUGCUCCUCAUGAAAAGGAAUUCAUUUGUGUAUAUACUCAAAAUAACCCAGAUUGGAAUUGCUGCUAUCAUCACAGCGACUGUAUUUAUACGAACACAUAUGGAAGUUGACAUGAUCCAUUCCAAUUACUAUCUGGGUUCCCUCUUUUUUGCACUUAUCUCACUAAUGGUAAAUGGAUUUCCUGAAAUGGCUAUGACAGUUUCCAGACUUCCAGUCUUCUAUAGGCAACGAGACUGCUACUUUUAUCCAGCAUGGGCAUAUGCAAUUCCAGCUACUAUCCUAAAGAUACCCAUCUCUCUUGUAGAGUCAUUAGUUUGGACAUCAAUUACUUACUAUGCCAUCGGAUAUAGUCCUGAAUCAGUAAGGUUCUUCCGCCAAUUCCUCCUACUCUUUUGCGUCCACCAAAUGUCACUAUCACUGUUUCGCUUCGUCGCCUCCUAUUUUCAAACAGCAGUGGCUGCUACGAUCAGUGGUACAAUGUGUUUGAUAGUAAUCCUGUUGUUUGGUGGCUUCGUUAUUCCAAAACCCUAUUUACCAGGUUGGUUAAGUUGGGCAUUCUGGAUUUCUCCAUUGUCUUAUACACAGAUAGGCUUAGCUGUUAAUGAAUUCCAUGCGCCAAGAUGGCAAAAGCCACAGGUCUCAUCAGCAAAUAUGACAAUAGGGCAGCAAGUUUUGACCAGCCGUGGACUAAACUACCAGAGCUACUUCUACUGGGUAUCGAUAGCAACACUAAUUCUAUCGAUUUUUCUACUCAAUGUUGCAUUCACCUUGUCAUUAACUUUCAGAAGACCUGUUGGGGUUUCUCGUGUCAUUAUCUCUCUUAAAAAGCUUUCUCAAAUACAAGGCACGGAAAAUGGAGAGGAUACAAGUCAUCCAAAUAGUGAAUCUCCCGCUGGAUCACCUGUGAGGUCUACAUUGCCAAAAAGAACUGGGAAGAUGGCUAAUCUGUCAGAAAAAAUGGUUUUACCUUUCGUUCCCCUAGCAAUGACAUUUCAGAAUGUGAAUUACUAUGUUGACACUCCUCUGGAAAUGAGAGAACAAGUCCAUGCAGAAAAAAGGCUACAACUGCUUCACAAUAUCACAGGAGCUUUCCAGCCUGGAAUUCUUUCAGCGCUGAUGGGAGUAAGUGGAGCAGGGAAGACUACCCUCUUGGAUGUUCUUGCUGGAAGAAAAACUGGCGGAACUAUUGAAGGAGACAUAAGAAUUGGAGGGUAUCCUAAGAGACAAGAAACUUUUGCUAGGAUAUCAGGUUACUGUGAACAGUUCGACAUACAUUCUCCACAAAUCACUGUUGAAGAAUCUGUCAUGUAUUCAGCUUGGUUGCGUCUGCCACCUCAAAUUGAUGGAAAAACAAGAUCUAAAUUUGUUCAUGAAGUCCUCGAAACAAUUGAGCUUGACAGCAUCAAGGAUUCGUUAGUUGGGAUACAAGGGGUCAGUGGUCUGUCUACUGAGCAACGGAAACGACUAACAAUUGCAGUAGAACUUGUUUCAAAUCCAUCUAUUAUAUUUAUGGAUGAGCCAACCUCGGGUCUAGAUGCUAGAGCAGCUGCUAUUGUCAUGCGUGCAGUGAAAAAUGUUGCUGAAACAGGAAGGACAGUAGUUUGCACUAUCCACCAACCAAGUAUUGAUAUCUUUGAAGCAUUUGAUGAGCUGAUCUUAAUGAGAAGAGGGGGAGAACUGAUUUACACUGGACCAACAGGAAAGCACUCAAGUAAAGUUAUUGAAUAUUUUGAGGGCAUUUCUGGAGUACCAAAGAUUAGAGAUAACUACAAUCCAGCGACAUGGAUGUUGGAAGUCACCUCUAUGUCAAUGGAAAAGAAACUAGGAGUAGAUUUUGCAAAGAUCUACACAGAAUCGUCUCUUGACAAGGACAGCAAAGAGCUGGUUAAGCGCUUAAGCACACCACCACUGGAUUCAAAUGACCUGAGCUUUUCAACACGCUAUCCACAAAAAUUUUGGGUACAGUUCAAAGCUUGCAUUUGGAAACAAUCCUUGUCUUACUGGAGAAGUCCUUCAUAUAACAUGGUGCGGAUAUUUUUCAUCCUUGUUGCAUCCAUAAUCUUCGGAAUAGUAUUCUGGCAGCGUGGGAAGACACUAAACAAUCAACAAGAUCUAUUCAAUACAUUGGCGAUCAUGUAUCUCGCCACAAUCUUCACCGGAAUAAAUAACUGCUCGCCAGUUUUACCAUUUGUUUCUAUUGAACGGACUGUCCUAUAUCGGGAAAACUUUGCAGGAAUGUACUCUCCAUGGGCUUACUCUCUUGCACAGGUAGCCAUUGAAAUCCCCUAUGUACUCAUAGAAGUAGUACUGUUUAUGAUCAUUGCGUAUCCAGCCAUCGGUUACUACUGGACAGCCUCCAAGUUAUUCUGGUUCUUUUACACCAUGUUAUGCACAUUGCUCUACUAUGUUUACCUCGGAAUGCUGCUGGUUUCAUUGACUCCAAAUGUUCAAGUGGCUUCAAUAAUGGCUUCUGUUUGUUACACCUUGUUUAAUCUCUUUUCAGGCUUCAUUGUGCCAGGUCCUCAAAUUCCAAAGUGGUGGAUUUGGUUAUAUUACCUGAAUCCAAUGUCCUGGACAUUAAAUGGCCUAUUUAGCUCACAAUAUGGAGAUGUACAGAAGGAGAUGAUGGUGUUUGGUGAAACCAAGUCAAUAGCUUCCUUCCUAAAAGACUAUUUUGGCUUUCACCAUAAUCUUUUUGGAGUUGUUGCUGGAGUUCUUCUUGCCUUUCCUUUCAUAUACGCUACCCUUUUUGCCUAUUUUAUUGGCAAGCUAAAUUUUCAGACCAGGUAA